UCAAGAGUGUACAUAAAAUAAAAAAUAAAUAAAAAUACAAAUACAACUGGCGUACGACUACGACAAGGCAAAAAAAAUAAAGUUUCCCACGGUUUCCCAAAAUGCAUUUCGAAUUAUAAUCCAACUCCACCACCGAUUUACUCCGAGCGCGUGUAAUCUGAAUCUGAAUCUGAAUCUGAAUCGUAUAAAAUGGGCGACACAUUGGACGAGACGCCGCCCACGCGACGCGACAAACCGCAUACCUUGAACAUUGGCCAGGAGGAGGAGGGUUCCACCGCUGCCGCUCCGGCGGGGGCCACCGCCUCCUCCAUUGCUAUACCCGCUGCCCGAAGUCCACGCAAUCGGAUGCGUCACACGGAUCGCGACGCGAAACGUGAUCACUCCAGCGACGGCCUGGUAUCGAGUGGCAAUCGCCGGGAUGAGUUCACCGUUGAGGCCCAGCCGCGGCGCGAGAGUCUGAAUAGUUGCGAGGCCAGCAGUCCGGUGGCCCUGUCCACCAGUCUCGGCAAGGCGGGACGGCUCAGCAGCGCCGGCGGCACCAGGUACCCGUCCGGCGGAGGCAAUACCUCCGGCUCCGGCAUCGGCGUCAGUGUCCUCGGAGGCGUCCUUGGUGGCACCACCACCCGCAAGUGCGUCCUCACGCUGGACGGGUACUCCUAUGUCAUAGUUGCCAGCACGCCAGAGAGUUUGCCCAGCAAACGGGACGAGGCCAACGUUGGUGCGGGCGCCACCGGCGGUAGCAGUGGUGCGGCAUCUGGCAACAGCGGCAGUGGUGCAGCGAGUGGUGCAGCCAGUGGACUAGCUGGAUCUGGUAGUGGUUCUGCAACCGGAGCCGGUGGAGCAGGUGGCAUUAGCACGCCGGGCCAAGAAGCCGCCAGUCCCACAGUUGCCGAGUUCAGUGGCAUCAGCGGGACGAAUGCGACAAUAAAUGGUCAAGUGGCAAGACACGGCUCACUGACGAUUAUCCGACGCACAAAUAGCCGGAAUUUCAACCAGAACGACGGCCAGCAACUGGCAUCGCCCUCAGCAGCCACCGCCUCCGCCUCCGGCACCGGCACCGGCACCGGCACCGUGAACCCGGGCAUCACCUUCGCCCAGACGCCGCUCAGUGAACCCCUUGCGGAGCGUUUAAGCUUCCGCACCGGUAGCAACGGACCAGCGUCCGCCGGCGAUAGUCGAUCGAGCAAUCAGGGUUCCAGCACCGGAGCAUCCGCCACCACAGCCACAGCCAAGAUGCAGCCGUCAUCGCCGAAUUCCACCAACUAUGUGGCCGACAACCUUCAGAACUCGUCGGCCAAUCUCUCGCAAAGUGAAUCCGCUGACCAUACCGCCAAUCAUUCGCUAAAUGCCAUGGGCACCGGUUCGUUCCUUCGCGGUGAUACCGACAUUCCGACCCCGUCACAGCAAUCGUAUGAAACAACCUCGAUUCUAUCGUUUAAUGCCGGUCAAUGGGAAACGGAAAGUUUGCCGGCAGUCGAUACGCCAGAUGCCCUUAACAAAGCGGCCUUGAGAAUACGUAGUCUUCUCCGUCGCAUGGAUCACGAGACCGUUGCCUAUGAGGAUAUGCAGCGCAAUCUGCAUUAUGCGGCUCGUGUACUCGAGGCCGUCUUCAUUGACGAAUCAAGAGAGGACUGCAAUGGGGAUUGCAAGAACCUUAGCUGCAGUCGCCACAGUCAUGGUCGGGAUCCUGACCAGCAGCAGGAUAACAACAACUCCAAUAGCAGCUGUAGCCUGAAGAAGGUGGAGGAGGGGAAGGAGGGGAAGGAGGAGCAAAGGGAGCCAAAGGAGGAGGUGGCCACUGGUGGAGCAGAACCGACGACGGGCGACAAUCAGGCUAGUAUAGAGGGGCGCACCAAGGGCGUGUCCCAGGCACCACAGACACACAGUGGACCCACAGGGCCGCCGUCGUCGUCGGAUCCCAGUGCCAGCCCCGCUACCGCAGCUCCCAAAUUACAGCCAGCCUUGGAGACCGUAAGGGAAUCCGUGCUGGAGGAGAAUUCAUCAAAAGUGGCUGCUCCAGCGCCCACCCCCACCUCAGCAGCAUCCGCAACAUCCGCAGCAACCACAGAUCCCAGUGCCAAGGCGGCGGAAAGUGUAACCAGUGGCGGCAGCAGUAGCAGUGGUAAUCCAGCGACCGUGCACCGGCAACGACGCCUGCGGACACCCACCUGGGCCAGGUCCAUGUCGACGAACAAAACGCGCCUGGCGGACGAGGACGAUGAGCUAUCGGAGGUGCAACCGGAUGCAGUGCCGCCGGAGGUGCGAGAGUGGUUGGCCUCGACCUUCACCCGCCAAAUGGCCACCAGCCGGCGCAAGAGCGACGAGAAGCCCAAGUUCCGAUCGGUGGCCCAUGCCAUUCGCGCUGGCAUCUUUGUGGACCGAAUGUACAGACGCGUCUCCAGCUCGGCCCUCACGGCCUUCCCACCGGACGUGGUCAGGAUGCUCAAGAACCUCGACGACUGGACAUUCGAUGUGUUUGCUCUGACGGAGGCUGCCAGCGGACAGGUGGUCAAGUAUGUGGCCUAUGAGCUAUUCAAUCGCUACGGAUCGAUCCACAAAUUUAAGAUUGCGCCGGGAACACUGGAGGCGUUCCUAUAUCGCGUGGAGGAGGGCUACUGCCGGUAUCGGAAUCCGUACCACAACAAUCUCCAUGCGGUGGAUGUGAUGCAGACGAUCCACUAUUGUUUGUGCAACACCGGCCUGAUGAACUGGCUGACGGACCUCGAGAUCUUUGCCUCGCUGCUGGCGGCCCUGCUCCACGACUAUGAGCACACGGGCACCACCAAUAACUUCCACGUAAUGUCCGGAUCGGAAACGGCGUUGCUGUACAACGAUCGGGCUGUGUUGGAGAAUCAUCAUGCCAGCGCCAGUUUCCGGUUGCUGCGCGAGGAUGAGUACAACAUCCUGUCGCAUUUGUCGCGCGAGGAGUUCCGUGAACUGCGAAGCCUCGUCAUCGAAAUGGUACUCGGCACCGACAUGACCAAUCACUUCCAGCAAAUGAAGGCCAUGAGGCAGUUGCUCACGAUCCAGGAGGCGACGAUCGAUAAGCAAAUGUUGUCCCUGGUGCUUCACUGCUGUGAUAUCUCGCAUCCAGCGAAGCAGUGGGGUGUCCAUCAACGCUGGACAAUGCUCCUGCUGGAGGAGUUCUUCCGGCAGGGUGAUCUUGAGAAGGAACUGGGUCUGCCCUUCAGUCCGCUCUGUGACCGCAAUAACACUCUGGUGGCCGAGUCGCAAAUAUGUUUCAUCGAUUUCAUCGUGGAGCCCAGCAUGGGUGUUAUGUCCGACAUGCUGGAGUACAUCCUGGCCCCCAUCGCUCCCAUGAGUAAGGGCAAGCCACCGACCCUGGUCGAGCACGAGGCAUCUCCUUUGGCUGCAACCUCCGCCACCGAAGUCAAGUCCGGCACCGAGUUCUUGGUUCGCAAGAGCGUCAUGGUUUCCAAUCCACCCAAGUUCUCCAUACACAAGCCAUGGCUCUCCUGUUUGGUGGAGAACAAGAAGAUCUGGAAGGAGCAGGCUGUCAAAGAUGCCGAGGCCCGUGCACUGGCCACUGCAGCGGAAGAGGCAGCAGCCGCAGCAACAGCGGCAGCGGAAGAGGGGAGAACAAGCAUGUCGCGGCGGAAACGGAAGCGGGCGGAAGUGGCGGUGGCGAUGGCGACCAAACCGAGUCGGCGGCAGCAGCCGCAACGGAUCCGGCAGGUGUCGCUGGCGCUGGCGAAGCGGCUGCUGCCACUUAAAUUAUGGAAAAUUAAGAGAAAGCACAUACACACACACAAAAUGGACUUGGGAACGAAAACGGAUUAGUACAGACGGAGAAAAGGCAAAUAGGCAAAAAUGAAUAAUUUUACUAAGCUUAGAAGCAGCAUAGAACUCUUAAUUAGUAACAAACCGCUUCAGAUGCGCUCUCUAUGUGAAUUGUGGUAGUUUUAGACUUACAUCAUCUACAUAUAUAGGCAUUAAUAUCGAUAUAUGUGUAUGUACAAAUACUGUAUACUUUGUUGUUGCAAGCGAUAAAUAAGCACAAAAGUUGAAAAAAAGCAAAAAGAUGCAAACAAAAGAAACGAGUAAUGUUCCAAUUUGCAUACAUAGUUGUAAAUAGCAAAAGGAGUUGAAUUUGUUGUGAAUUUGUUGGUUCGUUUCGAGCAUUUAUACUUAGACUUCAGUUCGUACAUAUAAUAUCAUUGUGUCUUUUGUUAGUUUUUAGUGAAAUGUGGAAUUUAUUAUAUAUGAUUUCUAUAAGUUCAAUGUAUUUAACUUUCUUUUCCGAUUAAAUACACAUAUUUUUGUA